AUUUCGUUUUACAUUUUUAGGUUUCAAUGCGAUUUCGACUAUUUAAACGUAACACUCUUUCUUCCGCCUUUCUUAAACCCUAGACCCUCUUCUUCACCUCUUCCUCCCAAGGUCUAACUGUUCAGAGGAUCGAGAAAAUGUUAGUACUGUUCGAAACCCCAGCGGGGUUCGCCCUUUUCAAAGUAUUGGAUGAAGGAAAGCUCUCCAAAGUCGACGAUUUAUGGAAGGAUUUCUCAUCAGCCGACACAGCCAGACAGGUGGUGAAGCUAAAAGCUUUCUCCAAAUUUGAGAACACAUCAGAGGCACUUUCAGCAGCCACUCUGUUAAUCGACAGCAAGCCCAGCAAAGGCUUGCGCAAGUUUCUUCGUGCUCAUUGUGACGGCGAAACACUAGCUGUUGCAGACUCCAAACUUGGAAACGCAAUCAAGGAAAAGCUCCAAAUCGAUUGUGUUCACAACCAAACUGUAAUGGAACUUAUGAGAGGAGUCAGAAGUCAAUUGACUGAACUCAUAACCGGUUUAGGAUCACAGGAUUUAGCUCCAAUGAGCUUGGGGCUAUCUCAUAGCUUGUCAAGAUACAAACUAAAAUUCAGUCCUGAUAAGGUGGAUACAAUGAUCAUUCAAGCUAUUGGACUUCUAGAUGACCUUGAUAAAGAACUUAACACCUAUGCAAUGAGAGUUAGAGAAUGGUAUGGUUGGCAUUUUCCAGAGCUUGCAAAGAUUGUUUCAGACAACAUUCUUUAUGCUAAAGCUGUUAAGCUCAUGGGUUAUCGAACAAAUGCUGCAAAACUUGAUUUCUCUGAGAUACUUUCAGAAGAGAUUGAAACAGAACUAAAAGAAUCAGCUGUAGUAUCCAUGGGAACAGAAGUCAGUGAACUUGAUUUAACAAACAUCAAAGAUUUAUGUGAUCAAGUUCUUUCUCUUUCAGAAUACAGAGCUCAACUAUACGAUUACUUAAAAAGCAGGAUGAACACAAUUGCUCCAAAUCUAACAGCUCUUGUUGGAGAACUAGUGGGGGCCCGCUUAAUUGCCCAUGGUGGCAGCUUAUUAAACCUUGCAAAACAGCCUGGAAGCACUGUGCAAAUUCUUGGAGCUGAAAAAGCUCUUUUCAGGGCUUUGAAAACUAAACAUGCAACACCUAAAUAUGGGCUUAUUUAUCAUGCAAGUUUGAUAGGUCAAGCUGCACCUAAACAUAAAGGGAAAAUUUCAAGAUCUCUUGCUUCCAAAACUGCCCUUGCUAUUCGUUAUGAUGCCCUUGGAGAAAACCAAGAUAAUUCUAUGGGCAUGGAGAAUCGUCUCAAGAUUGAAGCAAGAUUAAGGAAUCUUGAAGGGAGAGAGCUUAAUAAGACAGCUGGAUCGACUAAAGGGAAGCCUAAGAUUGAAUUUUAUAACAAGGAUCAGAAAACAGGAGGUGGGGCCAUGAUUACUCCUGCAAAGACUUACAAUGUGGCAGCAGAUUCUGUACUUGGGCGGAUUGAAGCUGAAGCUGAUGUGGAUGCUGACGUGGCAACUGAAGGAAAGAAAGAUAAAAAGAAGAAGAAAAAGAAGGGUGGAGUUGAGGAGGAAGUGAGUGUGGUGGAUGAUGGUGAAGAGAAGGAGAAAAAGAAAAAGGAAAAGAAAAAGAAAAAAGAGGUGGAAGAAGUUGCUGAGGUGGAGAAAGAGGAGGAGAAGAAGAAGAAGAAGAAGAGGAAACAUGUGGAGGAUGAGGUGGAGGAGACUGAAACGCCAAGUAAGAAGAAAGAGAAGAAGAAGAAGAAGAAGAAAACAGAAGAAUGAUUGGUGGAGUUGUAAAACUAUUUAUUGGUAGGGGUUGAUUUUGCCAUUUGUAAGUUUCAGAGGGG